CUUCAGUCGAUACGGAUCCUCUGGUUCGCAGACCACAAUUCGUCUUUUCUUCCAUCUAAUUUUUCUUAUACUGCCCUAGGGUUCGCAAUUUGCAAGUAGGAGUAAUACAAAUGAAGAUGAAUUUCGCAUGGAGUUGUGUCUUACUUCUAUCCUCUAAUCUUUUGUACGGCGUUGUUUUCGCCAAUCAGAUCUUCCAUCCUCAUACAGGAGGGACUCUUGGUCGAAGCUCUAAAGAACCAAAAUACAAAAUUGAAUUUCAUCCAGAAGACUCACCUUUUCACCCAGAUGAUGAUCAGGAAGCUGUUGUCAUGCCCAACAAUAAAGGAGAGAAGUUUCUUUGUUUUCUGCCCAAAGUGCAUAAUUCAAAAAGCAGUAAACUAGUCAGUCAACAGAAUACAAGCAGUUUGAUCUUGGAGACUGAGAAACACAUAAAACCAAAGACACCUGAUGAGCUACUUGAUGUGCUUAAGGAUGCAUGCCUUCUCAGGCAAGAAGGGUGGUGGUCAUAUGAAUUUUGUUACCAGAAAAAGCUACGCCAAAUUCAUGUGGAAGAUGAGAAGGUGGUACAAGAAUUUGUCUUGGGGUACUAUGACAGUGAGGCAACUAUGGCUUAUAAUGAGAACCGGUCUGAUAUUUCUACAUUAAAAGAUCCCCGUUCAAAAGAUUCUUCGCAAAGAUAUCAUGCUCAUUUGUAUACAAAUGGAACUGUCUGUGAUUUAACAAACCAGCCACGAGAAACAGAGGUGAGGUUUGUUUGCUCAGAGCCAAGGGCUAUGAUAAGUUCCAUCACCGAGUUGUCCACCUGCAAGUAUGCUCUCACUGUUCACUGUCCAAUACUCUGCAAGCACCCUCUUUUUCAGGAAGAAAGACCGGAGUGGCACACAGUUAACUGCAAUGUACUCCCUAAAGAAAACAAAGAGAUGAAGAUGCCGGAGGAAAACUUACGAGGAGAAAGGAUUAGGAUGGUAACAGAUCUCGAGUAUCCCUCCAGCCCCACAUUUGAUUCAGAAGAAUACGCAGCAUAAAAUGUUUUUGAAGGUUUUUUUUCCCAGUCUUGCAGCAUCCUUCAUUGCUCAAUCACAGUAUGAUAUUAUAUACUACCUUCUUUAUCCCUCGUGACUCGUGUAUUUAGAUGACAUGCAAGGUGAAUUCAUAUAAUGUAACCAAAUUUACUAAUUUAAUCUACUUGUCAUUCAUGGUUGUGAAGUUUGGACUCCUAUUAGGCUAUCUG